CUAACUGUCUCCGUGAGACGUUCAAGGAGCCGCUUUCACUCUGACUGACUCACUCUAAAGUCUCGACUGAGGAGGGAAAAGUUCCUGAAGAUGCGUAGAAGCUGAGAGCCUGUGAGAAGCCAGACUUCGGUCGUGUCCAGCGGUGUGCAGCUGUUCGGUCCAGCUGGAUGGCAGACAUGAGGAGCAGCGGUCCAAAAAGCACUUCAGAAAUGAUUAACCUGGAAGCAAAGGAGGAUUUUCACCCUUCACUGUGAAGCCAAACACACUAGGCUGCAUUUCUUCUUUUCUGUAUUCAUUCAUUGGAGUUUAUCCCACCAUGAGCACACUCCAGCAGCUGGGGACCAUGUCUUUUUUAAUGAAAAAGAAGAAGUUCAAGUUUCAAGUGCAUUUUACAUUGGAGGAGCUGACAGCAGUGCCUUUUGUCAAUGGAAUGCUUUUCUGCAAGAUCCGGCUCAUUGAUGGUGGGGACUUUGCCAUCUUAUCAUCCAGGGAGGAGGUGCAGCAGAACUGUGUUCGGUGGAGGAAGAAGUUCUCAUUUGUGUGUAAAAUGAGUGCUAAUCCGAUAACUGGAGUGUUGGACCCCUGCAUCUGCAGAGUGUCUGUACGCAAGGAGCUCAAAGGAGGAAAGGCAUUUUCAAAGCUAGGAUUUGCUGAUCUCAACAUUUCUGAGUUUGCUGGUUCAGGCUCCACAGUCCGCUGUUGCAUCCUGGAGGGUUAUGACACUAAAAACACUCGGCAGGACAACUCCAUCCUCAAGGUAACAAUUGGAAUGACUCUUCUGUCUGGGGAUCCCUGCUUUAAAACGCCUCUCAGUACUGCUAAAUCUGUGUCCAUCCGUGACGAGGACCCCACCUUGCAGCUGGACUGUAAGGGGGAGAGUACUGAUGCCACAGUGCAGCCACUGGGAGGCAUCGUGGAGAGAACUUGUGCCUUCAAACCCCGACAGUCAUCAGUACGCAGCUCAGGGCUGCCAGAGGAGGCAGAGAGUGUGUCCAGCCCAGAGGAGGUCUUUCACACUGGUCAUUUCCGCAGCUCCAGCUAUGCCAGCCAGCACAGCAAGAUAUCAGGAUAUAGCACCAGUCACUCUCGCUGCUCCAGCCUGACUGACCUUAGUCACCAUAGGAACGCUUCCUCCAGCAGCAGUGCCUCCUGCGGAUUAGCCCACCCUUCCCAGCCACCUCCCUCCACCCCCACUUCACCACAUCAACAAGCAACUCCCACCAAACCAGAGAGACCACCUCUACCCUCUGCAGCAGCCCUCAAGUCCAACAGAUCCUCCAGGAGGAAGAAGGACACUGUGGAGAGGCAGCCCAGCUGUGUGGACGACACCCGUAUGGAUGCAGAUGACAUUGUGGAGAAGAUUGUGCAGAGUCAAAACUUUUCUGACACCAGCAACAAUGAAGAUAGCAAUUUGAGACUGUUUGUCAGCAAAGAUGGGACCACAGCCCUCAGUGGGACACAGCUCGCCAACAGAGGAUCACCUGGUAUUUUUGAGCCGGUGGUCAUUGAGACUCAUUGAAAGAUUUGUCAGCACACCUUCAGCCUCAUCAACUGCGUCAUGUUUCUGUGAAAGCUGAUUGUAGUAGAUAUAACUACUGUCACAUAGAUAUUGAGCCUUUUUGCUAUAUUUAAUCAGGUGGUGGGUGAUGUUUAACACAUGAUUACAUUAUUUUCUCAUAUAGCAGGCAGGGUUCUUUUCAACCUCCAAUGAGAAGAUAACCAGGCCUUUAUUUCUUAUUUUACUGGUGUUGCACUCACAUUUGAAAAUAAUCCAAUCUGUUUCUGUUUGUCCUAUUAAUUUAGAGUUUCUGUUAUUUACUGGUUAGAUUGAACAUGUCCUCUCUCUGUUUUGAACUAAAACACUUGCAGCAGUCCAGAUAAAAGAGUUCUUUCUCUUUCUUGGGAAGCUUUUAUUGUCUGCAGCAAAGAAGAAUCAAAAUGAAUUACACUGCAUAACAACUACAGAGCCUGGCAGGCACCAGGAGGAAACAGUUGUCUCGUGCGCAGGAAUUACUAAUUCAUGCCUCUAAAUUUUAUGUGCACAAAUUAGCAAUUGAUAUAAAGUCAGUGCAACAGCAGAAUGUAAUGUUGUGGCUACUUGGGUCAGUUAGGAGGUAGCACCCAGGGUGCUAGCAUCAUGCCAACAACCAUGUUUUGGUAUUGAGGUGCGUACAGAAAUUGAAUUCCUUCAUUUGUGUCAGUGUUGUCAGGUUAUCUCAGUCAUUUCAUUUGCCCGUGUUCUCCACAUGCUUUGGCAGUUAACAUGUAGUCAUAGAUGGAUUCCAGAGCUAGCCGACUGGGCCACACUGGGCCCCUGGGCCAGAGCUUUGGUUUGAAGUGACUGUUAUACCUUGUUGGGAAGUCAGUCAAGCAACUAUAAGGAGACAGAAAAUGAUUAUGCAGAGAUCCGAAACUAUCACAAAGGCAUGUAAAACACACAAAACGGAACAAAGUGACCUCAUAACAGCACAAAAGAAUUACAAAGAUGCAAACAACUACAAAGAGAUGUAACAUGAACACAAAGAGCUAAACAACAACCUAAAUACAUGUCUUGUCUCAUAUGCCGAGUCUUUGUUGUCCGUGCUCGGGUCCUCAUCCUCACAUAUCCCAACCCCAGGUGCAAUGCAGCACUAAAAGUUAGGAGAUCAUGGGAAAUGUAAAUGAUCGGAAUAAGCCACUUGGAUUUAGACAGGUUUCACCUUUUUAAACAAUAAUCUUUGACAUUCAUAAAACCUGUGCUGAAAAGUGAAAUAUGGUUCUGUUCAUCCAAGAGCAUGACUUAAUAGGCUGAAAGCAUCAGUUACUAAUUUGUGCACACAGCGUAGUUUUUUUUCUCUACUGACACAGUAUUUCUGUUAAAAACAGAAACUCUGAUAAAAGCAUAACUCUGUAGUAAUGAUGACAGUUAUGCUGGUAACAUCUGCAUGGUACUGAUACCAUCUGUAAUGUAAGUGUUCAAUUCUAUUUGAGAAUUUGCAGUAAUCUAGUAAUAGUUUUCUUUACAUUAGGUGUUUCUCAGACCAGUCCCUGAUCCUUUAUAGUAGGAGUGUCGAACUCAUUUAAGUUCAGAGGCCACAUACAGCCCAGUUUGAUCUCAAGUGGGCUGGACCACUAAAAUCAGAGCACAAUAAUCUGUACAAAACCACAACUCCAAAUGUUUCCCUUUGUUUUAGUGUAAAAAAAAGGGCAUUCUAAAAAUGUUAACAUUUAAUGAACUAUUUUUUUUAAGAUAAGAAAGCUUUAUUGUCAUUAUACACAGUGUGUAAUGAAAUUCUGCCUUUUAAACAUACAAGAUAAGUAAGUUAAGAAAAUAAAUAAGAAUAAAAAAAUCAUUAAAUACUAGAGUAAAAGACGUAAAUAGAAAUCUUUAAGAAAAAAUGCACAAAAAGUGCAAGUGGCAGCAUAUAACAAAAGAACAGAGCACUGCAAAAGUGAUACAGUGGCAGUACAAAGCAUUCUAAGCAACUUGAAAUUUGAGAAGAAAAAUAAGUUCAAAAUAAGUUCAAUUUUAACAAUAUUAUGCAUCAGUUCAUCUUUUCCAUAUUACAACUUAUAGAUCACAGAAUGUCUACAAAAGCACAAAAUAUUUAGUCACAGGUAUCUGAAAAUGAAUAAUAUAGUAUUUUACUUUAUGAUCAAAACAUCUAGCCAAGAUCUAGAUUUUUUUUUUAAAUUUACAAUUUGCAGUUAAUGUCUUCUCUAAUUUUUUAUGCUUAGCAAAGAAGUGCCAUGGGCCAGAUUGAACCAUCUAUCGGGCUAGUUUUGGCUCAUGGGCUGAAUGUUUGACACUCCUGCUUUAUAGCAACUUCAGUAAGCAAGUUUGAUAAACCUGUGGCAAGAUUUUUGUUUUUCAGUCUAUUCUAUUUGCUGCAGCUGCACUUUCUAAUAGACCACAAACAUAAAAAUGAAACUUGAGGCGUUCGCGCGGCUAAUGCAACUCAAUCAGUAAACCCAUUCACAAUACAAGCAUUUACUGCAUUCAUCGCUGAACUAAAGAGCAGUCUAAAGCAGUGAAACUUUGACCAGUGCUCAGUGCACAGAUUACUUGAACAACACUUUUAUAACCACUGCAUUGUGGGAAUUGUAGUGCAACACUGAACUGACAGUGCAUUCAGAAGAAAAUGUCAUCAAAGUCUCCAACAGACACUCUAGACAGAUAUGUCCAAAUCAGCCUGGAACUGAAGCAGAAGCUUUUAUCUUUGUACUUUAUUUUAAAUCUGGUUGAUUACUGUAUGUGUUCUUCUUAUACUAUUUUGCACAUGUGAACUCUCUGAGGAGGAUUGCUAGAAACCACUAAAAGAAAUGGAAGUAGCAUGGCAUCUUCUGUUUGUUUUUUAUUGCCUUAUUUUUCUCAUUUCAUUUCAGUGUCUUGAUGUAGGACAAAAUAUAAUGUCAUAAGAGACAAAGCUUGCGUGCAUAUGGCUGGCCAUAUGUAACCAUUUAUCCUCUGCACUUAAUACGUAAUUACUUUAUUCACUCUUGAGUUUUGAAUGCUCUUGUGAAACCAUCAACAAUGUGGGGUUUUGCAGUGGUGCUUUCUCAAGUAUAUAGUUUUUUUCUUUAAAGUUUUCUGGCAUUCUGACUACAUAUAGAGAAGCUGAACUCAGAAUACAGGGAUUUUAUAGACAGUAGAUCAUAAAAACAUGUAUGCUUAAAACAUUAUGUUUCUGACCUCCUGAUGAACAGGAGCCCAAUACUGGUAUUUUUUUUAACCUCAAGUCUUCGCCAACUCCUGAGGAAAAUAUCGGGCUUGCAGCUGCUUCAUCCUAAAACACAGAGCUAGUUGUUAACUUUCCUUUGCUAUUUGGUGCAGCUCAGUUAAUGUACUAUGGGAUUAUUGCAGCUUCGUAGCUGAGAGCUGUUUGCCACCUCUGGAAAUGUAGUUAAUACCAGCAUGGUCUUUGAACUAGAAAACCAAAAUAAUGAGCUAUAAGAGGGUAAAAAAGCUCCAGAGCCAUUGAUAAUUCACAGUGAGUUUGUCACCAAAGGUAACAUUACAUGUCAUCAUUUGAUCCAUUGUUAGAGUACAGCUUUAAAGUGCAAUAUUUAAGGAUUCAGUUUAUUGUUGGGCCAUUGGAACCACACUAAGUGCCUUUUUGGAUUGCUGGAUAGAUCACUGAUUGAUGAUUAGUUAACUGCUGCAGGAUCAAAUAGUUUCAAGACUUUCAUUUAAGCUUGUACUGGCCUAUUUGCUGCUGCUUUGCCUCCAUUCUGGCUUCAUCGUGACUGCACAGUAUUUAUCAGAAAGACUAACUUCAAUCAGAACUCUUGCACUUUGUAGCUUUAGGCAGUUUUUGUUUUGUGCAUGUGCUGCAAUAGGGAGCUUAAAUCCCCAUUUUUAAAUAUAUUGUUUAAUAGUACAAACCCUAUCGCUCAGCACUGAGCUAGCAGUGACACUGUGGGCCUGUUGGCUGUAGUGAGGUCAGUGCCACAGCUUCUGCAGCAACACAAAGACCUUGUUGUGCCACGACUGACAGUGUACAAUAGAUCCUUGCCCCACGGGAUUCAUUUGUCAUUUGUGUAUGCUAAUGCUGAUACUGUAUGUCUGAAUGUGCCACUUUAUGCAUGCAGGCCAUGCGUUUCUGACUGAUGUGAAAGAACAUACCGUAGCCUAUAUUAGAUGGAUUUUAGCUUUUUAUGUUUGCUCUGUUCCACCAAGCCCUGGUUAAUGGUGAGUAAAUAGUGCAUAAGUGCUGUAUUAAUGCAACAAUUAGUUGUAGGUAAAUACUGGACACUAGGAAGUUUUCAGUUGCCGUCCACACUACAAUUUAAAAACUGGCAAUUCUAUUUAUGGUGCAGUGCAAAUGAAUUUUCAUCCCAACACUGCCAUUUCUGUAUCUUUAAACAAAUGAGAUGCCUCUUCCAAUAGCAGUUCAUAUUUAUCACUUCAUAUCAUAACUGUAGUUCUCUGCAGUAUCUGUGUGAGCGGGAAUCAGUCCCCUGUAUGUAAUGUCUGGGAUGGAAAGACAACAUACAAACCCAGAGAAUGUUGCUUGUACAAUACAUGUAACUUGACAAUCGACUUUCCUUUUAUUUUUAGACCAGCGGGCUGGUCUUCAAUUUGGUACAGAACUGUGUGUAAAAAGCUAAUAUUGUAUGGUGAAAUGUGACAGAACAGUAAUUAUUGAUAGUGAAGGGUGUGGGUAUAAGGGAAUACAUACCAUAAAGGGAACUGUCUACCACUGUGAUUUGUUCUAGAAAUACUUAUUCUUUCCUUUGUACUUGACCGUGUGUAACCUGUGAUAUCAUUAACUUCAUUUAAACAACCAAAUGCUUUUGUUGCAUGUGGUGAUAGGUUUAUUACAUUUCCUGAUGGUUUAAAACUAAACGGAAUUGUUGGGAGUGGGAUUAUACUACAUUUUGUUGUUGUGGUGUGUUUUUAAUUUGCAUAAAAGGAUGGGUUUGGUAAAGGGAAUUAACUGCAGAAACUAUUUUUGCUAUAUUUUAUAACUUAUUUAAUUCAAAAUUUGUUUAGCAAAAUGGACCAAUAAUUGUCAGCUUUGUACAAUAAUCUAAUAUAAACUAUUAAGAUGAACAUUAUUAUGUUAGGUUAAUAUAAUUUUAUCUGCCUUUUUUGGUACUCAUUUGGUUUCUUCUUGUUAACUUGUGAAUGGAAUGGGGUUUUUUUUUCAAAUGACUUAACUAUUUUCACUCCAUGUGUUUAAAUGUCAGGAAAUAAAUGUACAAGUUAAGAGUUUAGAUUAUUUGUCCUGUUAAUAACUACUCUACCAUUCAAAAGUUUGGGGUCACUUAGAAAAGUCCUUAUUUUUGGAAGAAAAGCAUUUUUUUUCAAUGAAGAUAACAUUAAAUGAAUCAGAAAUACAGUCUAGACAUUGUUAAUGUGGUAAAGGGCUAUUCCAGCUGGAAACUUCUGAUUUUUAAUGGAAUAUCUCCUUAGAGGUACAGAGGAACAUUUCCAGCAACCAUCACUCCUGUGUUCUAAUGCUACAUUGUGUUAGCUAAUGGUGUUGAAAAGCUAAUUGAUGAUUAGAAAACCCUUAUGCAGUUAUGUUAGCACAUGAAUAAAAGUGUGAGUUUUCAUGGAUGACCCCAAACUUUUGAUCGGUAGAGUAAAUGUAAAGAAAGUCAACAAAUGACUUAUAAUGUGCAUAAACAUGCAUAUCAAAUAAAAUGGCAAGUCAUCCCCA